GUGUUGGUUAAAACAACGAAUUUGACAGUCUUUCGAAUAGUACACGCAUGGGACUCUGAGGAACCGCUUUCAAAUUCGAGACAAAGUAGUCUUUGCGUCAAUACCAAAUACAAAAAAAUCGACCAUCGGUUGGACCUUCUGAAUAGAGUUCAGUUCAACGAGAGCUCUUGCCGUGUUCACCUCGCCCAAGCAAAAAAGCCAAGAAAAUACAAAUAAAAUACUAAGUAAAAUUCGGAAUUGCGAUAAGAAAAAUAGAUUUUAGGAAAAAAAAAUCAAGAAAAGAAAAGAAGAAAUUGUGAAAUACUUUUGAAGCAUGUCAUUGCCAUCGAUGGUGGAGCGUUCGGGUGGACGUCUGGUGGUGCGCAGUCUGGUAAGUGGAGCCACCGUCUACCAGAUGGUCGAGUCAAAUGAAGUACCAGCUGCUGCUGCUGCUGCUGCUCCAGUUGCCACCACACAUCCUCAAGUGGGCGCCGAGUUACUCGAGCGUCAACUGCCGCUCCUUCAGGAUCCCAUGAUGCCGCCCAAUCUGCCGCAGGUAAUGCAAGAGAUUGGUGCCGCAAAGGAUGCACAGGUCGAGGAGGAGCUGCCACAGUGCAAGAUUCGACGCAACUACAGUUGCCAUGCUUGCGCCUUCUUCACACAGAAUCCGCGCAUUCAUCUCUCCCAUAUGCGAGAUGUGCACGGCGAGAAGAUCAUGAUAAACGAAUGCAAGCUCUGCCUGUAUGCAUCAAGGCACUUUCAGAAGCUGGUGCGGCACAUGAAGAUGGUGCACGGCUGCACAGAUGAUGAUGGCAGCGGUCUGUUGAGCCGACGUCAUUGCAAUCGGGAGGCACGCAUGCGGCGACUGGAGGAGAGCAUCGAGGCACCGUGUGGACCAACACUGAAGCAGCUCAAAUGCGAGCUGGAGCUGCAGGAGCAGCAGCUGCAGCACAAUGUGGAUGCCUACAAUCGACAGCAGCAGUGGCAACAACUGCAGCUAUUAGCCACAAGCAGUGCCAACAUAUUCUCCAUGGCCUUUGUGUACCAACUGUCCAUAAUGCCACCCACUCCCAUAACAAAUCUCAAAGACGAGGAACCACCGCGCGAGACAACAACACAAAGCCAAUCGGUGUCGGAGAACGUACCCCAGCCGGAUGAGGCACUCGAUCUCUCAUCGGGCACUGAGAUAUCCAUAUAUCACUGCAAGAAAUGCCCCUACAAUACACCGAUCCGUUCGCGCUUCAAGAAGCAUGUGAAAUAUCAUUCGAUGCCGCUGAUUAAAUGCAACUCUUGUGAUUUUCACUCGCCAUACAAAUGGAAUCUGGACAGACACACCAAGAACCAUGGCGCCAAUGGUUACUUCCAGUGCCGCUUCUGCAAUUUCAGCACAAACAUUAAACAAUCGCUAACCAUACACGAGCUCAAUCACCAUCUGACCUUCAAACCAUCCACCUCACAGCAGCAGACACCCGCUGAAUCAGCUCUUGAGGAGGCAUCUCCGAGUCCUGCGUUGCCGCUUUCAGAUCUGCCGCCCAUUAGCUGUUCGCAUUGCCAGCAAUGCAUGCCUAAUGCCACGGAGCUGGCCAAUCAUUUGCAGCAUUGUGAGCCGGCAGUAAAUAAUACCACACAGCUAGCCACGGACAUGGAGCUGACUACCGUCGAGGAUUACCGCAAUGAUCUCAGCUAUUGCGGCGUCGAAACGGCGCCCGGCUAUGGCGAGGUCACCGAGCAGCUGCCGCCGGAAGAUGCAGAUGCAGUGAGGAAGGUAUUUAAAUGUCCUCAUUGCUCUUUUUGGGCGGCGACCGCAUCGCGUUUCCAUGUCCACAUUGUGGGUCAUUUGAAUCGCAGACCAUUCGAGUGUUCACUGUGCUCGUAUCGCUCCAAUUGGCGAUGGGACAUCACCAAGCACAUUCGCCUGAAGGCCAUGCGCGACAAGCAGCACAAUCAUGCCCAGGUCCUGAUGAACGAUGAGACUGGGCGGCGUAACUAUGCCAAAUACAAUCAAUAUCUGACUCUGAUGAAGGUCAACGCGAAUCAGACUGUCGAUGGCAGGACGAUGCGAUGUGGUGAAAUGCUCUGCAUCAACUUGGAGGAAGCACCUGAAACGCAAGUUGGCCAAGACGCUCAGAUGGAAUCGUCGUCUGCUCUCGAUUUGACCAUACCCGGCAAGUCAACUCCGAGAAAGGUCGAGCAAACACAUAAGAAAAAGAAAGCCAACAAACCACCUAAUUCGGAUGAAUUGAAAAAACGCUCGCUGGAAGCUGGUGCUGUUAUUAAAAAGAACAAUCAGAACGACUUGCAUGCCCUGUGAUAACAGUUCUCCAAUUAACAGUAGAUUUUUCGCCUAAACGAACCAACUCCAAAAGACAGUCUGACUGCUUGGA